AUGAAGUCGCAGAAAUUGAUGAAAAGACAACAAGCAAAUUACCUUUCACCGGAAAUACAAAAUGAGUUUAUAGAGUGUUGUGCCAAAAAAGUAUUAAACUUUAUUCUAAGUGAACGAGAAGCAGCAAAAUAUUACUCAAUACUUGUUGAUGCAACCCCUGAUUCAGCACACAUGGAACAAACUGUAUUUAUAUUGCGUUAUGUUUAUUUAAAGGAAGAAAAUAGUCUCUACGAAUUUCAAGAGCGAUUUCUAGAGUUUGUUGACUGCAAUCAGAAAACGGGGAAAGAUAUUGCUGAAUUUAUUUGCCGUGUUAUUAAAAAAAACAGUAUACCAAUGAUAGACUGUCGUGGUCAAGGUUAUGACAACGGUAGCAACAUAAACGGUCAAUAUAAAGGAGCACAAGCAGAGAUAAUUAAAGAGAACCAAUUGGUAAUUAAUUCUCCAUGUGCUUGUUAUAGCUUAAAUCUGUGUGUUGUCCAUGCCGCAGAGUGCUGUGCAGAGGUUAUAAACUCUUCAGUGUUGUGCAAAAGACUUAUAACUUGUUCAGCUCUAGCCCGCAAAAAUGAGUGCUAUCUAAGACUAAAGAUACUAAAUCUUACUGCCGAGACUCGAUCAGAUAUCAAACGUAUUGAGAAAUACUUGGGUUUAUUUGAGUGCAUUAUACUCGCAAGCACUUGGUUUAAAGUUCUAACAAGCAUCAAUCACAGAAACACAGUUCUGCAAGCCAGAGAUGCAACUUUAGAUGUGGAGGUUUUAAAUUUAAAAAGCUUAAUUGAUGACCUCUUAUUAUUGAGAAACAACUGGGAUUCAAUUUUAAAUGAAUGUAAACUUGUUGCCGAAAAUCUGGGUAUGGUUUCCAAUGACAUAUUCCCGGAGAAAAAACGCAGCCGAAAAGCUAGAUUUUCAGAUGAGGAACAGAAUAAUAAAUUAGGCAACACCAGUGUAGAAUUUUGUUUCAAGCGCGAUGUUUUUUAUGUUCUUUUAGGCUGUGUCAUUGGUAAUAUGAAUCGGCGUUUUGAGGCAGUCAAAGAUCGUGAGGAAACAUUUGGUGUUGUAUGGAAAUACAUGACAUUAGAUAAAGAUCUGCUGCGUGAGAAAGCUUCAUCUGUUUGCGUUAAAUACAGCAUUGAUGUUUUUCUCGAUUUAAUAGACGAGUUAGAACAUUUAAAGGCAAUUCACGCAUCAAAUCUUGGCAUAAUACAAUUAUCGCCGUUUCAGUUAUUAAACAAACUCCAUGAGUUGAAGCUUGAUUCUCUUUUCCCAAACAUUUUAGUUGUUCUUCGAAUUUUUGAACACUUCCAGUUACCAUUGCACAAGCAGAACGCUCUUUCAGCACACUUGCAACUGUUAAAAAUGUUUUACUUUCUACGAUGUGUCAAGAUCGACUUUCUAAUUUGGGAAGACUAG